GAGUGUAAGAGACAUAUACAACUGCUUUAGUGGCAAUAUAGUCGGUUAUACUAAGCCAUACCGCUUGUGUUUGCGUUUACACUUCAAUUGAUAGACGAUAUUGUAGUAACAUGUAUUGUACACAAUGUUUCACAGCUGCUGUAUUUUUCGCCAUGACAGGUAUCUUAAGUUCCGAAGAAAGCGAGGUAAAAAAGCACAAAAAUUUUACGCCAACAAUUUAUGAGCUACCAAAAAUAGACAAUUUGACGCCAGCAAAAAAUGAAACCGAAGUGAAAGUUCCGACGCCUUCAAAAAAGGAGGCCGUAAAAGUCAAGAUUCCGGAAACAAUAAGGAAGCAGCUUGAGAAAAUCGAAAUUCAGACACCGGAUAUCAGGAGGUUUGUUGGGUUGAGAGAACCCAUAUGGACAUACUAUGCAACCGGCACUACCCGUGUUGAAUGCAAAGUGGACUUGAGGGAAAGCAUGAGCAAGAAAUCAAUUCAGUUUAAAAGAGAGUACAUCUACAAGGAUCAAACAUUUUCUGAUGACAUCGAAGGAAGCUUUGUGAGAAGAGACACGGAUAAAAUGUAUAUACAGAAAGAACAGGCUCCUUUUCACCAGUUGGAGCAGUUGAUAUAUGUAACAAGGAGGGCUAAAUGUGCUAUCAUAAUGGUCACCCUAAUUAGCUCUCUUCUUCCAAUACCCCCGGUACGCUGGUACGAAGUCCGCGUACGCGACUCGGCCAUUCACAGGGGACCUAGUAAAAGGUGCAUGAGAGAAUUCAACAUGCUGAACCUGGACUCACAUCUCAUCUAUACUGACGAUUGUCCGGCGAGACUAGGAUUUAUUAGAAGUAGACGCAGAAAUUCAUACUAGGAACACUUAUCUCAAUUUUUAGGUACCUUUUUCGUUGCACACUGAUAUAAAUGUAUUUUACGAGCGAAAUAAAUACUGAAUGCUAACUA